GGUGAUGCUGACUUCGAUACCCAUGCGCUCCGUGCUCCAUGCUCCUUGUUUGCUCUAACAAAACAAAUAUAUGGUCGACGACUGCAACCAGCAACAGCUGCAUGGGUUUGGCUGUCAAACAAACAAAACAAACGUCCGUCCCCUCAUAUUCACCACCUGGAUAUGUAGGAACAAUAUCUUCAUCAUGUUCCUUUGACCGACCAUCGUUUUCGCAAGCCAAACAUGUCUCUCGUCCCCUACUCCUCUCGCGAUAGCCACGAGAUCGUACUCCGUCAUGACGACGCCAUUGUCAUCCGCGAUCCGCAGACAAGACAGUUGAUCCUGCGCGGGGCAUCCCCCUCCUUCUCCUCCGAAUGUCCAGCAUGCCACCGACCAUUUCGAGCCUCCUCUCCCGAUAGGCAGUCGUCUCCUCAUCGAUCGUCGCCAUUCAUCAGUCCCGAAUACUUUCGCAUGCUACAAUCUGCGCACGAUGGAGGAGACGACCAUAAUCCACCUUCCAGUCCGAUUCGGAGACUUGUCCAGCCAGCAUUUCCGUCUGCGGCGAGUAGUACUGGAGGAUCUGUGUCGGAUGCGGAAUUCGUGACAAGUGCGCCAGCACCGCAGACUGGCCACAGUAUAAAGAAGGAGGCAUUCAGUCCAAAUUACUUCAAGCGAUUCUUCACAGAGGAGAAGGAACUCGGACGAGGCGGGAAGGGAGUGGUGCUGUUGGUUCGCCAUGAACUGGACAGCGUUUCUUUGGGUCAAUUUGCCUGCAAAAGAGUACCUGUUGGAGACGAUCACGCCUGGCUUGAGAAAGUUCUCAUCGAGGUACAACUCCUUCAAGGCCUGUCACAUCCGAACCUAGUGUCAUAUCGCCACGUCUGGUUGGAAGAUGUCAAGCUCAAUCGAUUCAGUCCCUCAGUCCCAUGCGCUUUCAUCUUACAACAGUACUGCAAUUCAGGGGAUCUUCUUCACUACAUCAUCGGUCCUUCCCCUGCAGUUAAAAGUGCCAAAGAACAGCUGAAAGAACAGAUGAGAAGGAGAUCCCGGGGACAAGCGGACCGACCUGAUCUGAGAUCUUCCCAGCGGAAGCUGACCUUUGAGGAGAUCUAUUCGUUCUUCAAAGAUAUCACGUCCGGAUUGGCACAUCUCCAUGCCUCAAAUUACAUUCAUCGAGAUCUUAAACCAAGCAAUUGCUUGCUCCACAAGGACGGCAACGAGGUCAGGUGUUUGAUCAGUGAUUUUGGAGAAGUCCAAGCCGAGAAUGUAGCAAGAAAGUCUACUGGGUCGACUGGAACGAUAUCGUAUUGUGCUCCAGAAGUCUUGAGACAGGACCAGUUUGGACGGUAUGGGAACUUCACUACUAAGUCUGAUAUCUUCAGUCUCGGUAUGAUCCUUUACUUCAUGUGUUUUGGACGUCUACCAUACAAGAGUGCAGACAGCAUCCAGGAAGAGUUUGAAGACAUGGAUAUGUUAAGAGCAGAGAUCAGUGGUUGGUCCGGAUUCGUUGACGAACGACGUGAAAGACCUGAGCUACCAAACCAGCUAUACGAGUUCUUGAAACGUCUCUUGGCACUUAAUCCAAACGAGAGACCAAGUGCGAACGAUAUUCUCACUGCCAUUCGCACUGAAAAGGGUCUCGAAGCUCCAUCAAGAACAAGGAAUGGCAGCAACGCAGGACUUGGUGGCCGGAUUAUCCAGUCUUUUGAUUCUCCAAUGCCACCAGGUACACCAGUCAACGGUAUUUCUCUCCCACUCGACUUCAAUUUCCCCUUCUCAUUCAACACAGAGCCAAGCAAACGCGUAAGAUCAGGCGCAUACAUCGAAGAUGCCUCUGAGCCUUCGUCACCAACGCCAUCACCCAGUUCCCAACUCGUUCUCGAAGCCAAACCUCAUUCUCGCACUCCAAGUCCCCACCGCCGAAAUGAAUCUCCCUCUCUGAAUCAUAGAACGCCUUUAUUGAUGCCACCGCCCUCGACCCCAAUGUCGCGUUUCAAGCACCAAGUCUCACUUUACGGACACUACGCCGAUGAAUGGGUUCACCAGAAUCAGCAGACGUUGCAUUUGUCUCUCAGAAUGGCGAUCUUCUUCGCCAAGGUCGUGAGUGUAAUUAAACCCUGUGCGCCGCUCGUCACACGAGAUGUGGUGAUGUGGCCGCUGAUACUCUUGGCUUCAUUCGAGUUGGCGGUUGGACUUAAUAUUGGAUGGGUGAGGGUGGGACUGUUUGUUGCGCAUUUUGUGGUCUUGGCUAUUACGGCCAGGUUUGGUGGGGGGAUGUGUGUGAGGGAUAUGAAUUGGGGGUGGACGGAGUGAGGGGUGGCUUCACAAGGGUUUUUGUUUCCUUCAUUUAUCGGCAUUGGGGAGGGCAUCGUGAUUGCAUUUCGAUUUCUGGAGUUUUUUUGUUCUUUGAUUCGGUCUACUCUUUUAUGGCAUGGCAUGGUAUGGGAUUUUGAUCAAAUUGGAGGCAAGCUGGUAAGCAGUUGGGGGCGGGCAAUCAAUCAAUACCCAAGGAGGGAGUCGGCGCGCGGCGCAUAGUCAGGGGUUUAGGCGGCGCAUUGUUCAAAAGGAAACAGGUUCGGUUCGGUUCGGUUCGAUUCAUAUUACGUGGACGCUGAACAUAUCUGAUCUCGGAUCAAAACACUCUACUUUUCAUAUCGUUCUGGCCGUAUCUGGCGCAUUACUAGAUUUCUCAUCAGGGUCCCUUCCUUGGACGGGGAGAUGGAUGGAUGGAAGUGAGACCUCUCUUCUCUUAUCACACUGUACCGUACACACAACACAACACAAAACACACCCACCCCCCGCAAGCCAUCUCACACAGGUGCCAGAUCCCUCCCAACCAACUUCUCAGUAUUGAAUUGAGUGGAUACAGGAUAGAUAGAAACUUACUUCUAUCUUCUCGCCAAGUAAUUAAUUAAUCAAUCAAGGAAGGAAACCCGAGAGUUCCAUUCAUUCAUUCAUUCAUUCAUUCGUGGAAGAAUAGAGCGGAGCGGAGCUCCGAGCGGAGCAAGUAGGCAACGUGAUAUUGUGGUAAGUUAUGUUGUGCUGUGGUAUGGUAUGGUAUGGUAUGGUAUGGUAUGGUAUGGUAUGGUAUGGUAUGGUAUGAUAUGUUGUGUUUGCUUGGAGUACCUACAUGGGGCGGGGGAAAUGUGGUGCACUGGUGACACGACACGGUAGG